GAUUACGUGGCUGUGCUUCGUUCUGACGCUCUUUAUAUGCGCAGCUCACUGAGAAUUAGUUUAGUUUCGUUUUUAGCCUGAGGCACAACAGAACGUGUACUGCUUCUCGGCCGAUUUCAAAAUGCCGCAAACAAGAAGCUCCUCUUCUACGUCGUCCUCAUGGAUGCUGCAAAUUGAAAGCUUAUUAAAUAGUAUAAAUCAUAUGCUGAUCUUCUUGGUGGGUGCCUUCUUCUUUACACUCGCCAGGAGUCUGGAAUUUAAGGAUACGGCCAUGCACAUGUUUAUGACUGGCACUGGUUUCCACGUACUAAUUGCCCAAGCAUUGAUGUCACACUACAAGGUAAACCCAAUAACCCGCUGGCUCUCGCACAAGAACAAAUCCCGUUUCCAUGGCCUGCUGCAGCUGGUCGGUGGGUCGAUGGUUCUGCUUGGUGCUUUGGGCAAGUUUUCCCAGAAGGACGUGCAUCUUGACACCUGGCAUGGUAGAUUCGGUGUGGUCGCAGCCUUUGGGUGCGCUGCGAGUGUCGUUGGCGGUCUGGUAAACUUUUUCCAACCCAAAAUUGCGUUGAAACGUUUUCCACCCUCUGAACUACGAUUUCGUCAUAACCUCUUUGGGCUGCUCAGCUUUACGAUUGGCAUGGCUGCCAUUUAUCUGGGCUACUAUUCAAAGUUCUUUACACGCGUUGUAGAUCAUGAAUUCAUACCUGCCCUGAUGCUAACCACAGUACUGGUCUACGUCCUUACCAUAAUUGGACCUGUGGGCUCGCUACUAACGAAGCUGAAGUACAGAAGGCAAAGAUCUGCAUAAAAAGGGUCGUCAACUAGGUAUACAAAUUGGUGAAGGUUAUGAGGCUACAUAAUGGGGAUGCUCCCCGACAAUGACUACAAUAAAAGGAACGUACAAACUUUCUAAAGCGCAACGGAGGCAAUUUGAAUCGUCAAUUGGCUUGGCGCUUCGCGCUUGGCUCGUUGCCAAUAGAAUUCUUUGACUGCAUAUUUAAUUGGAUAUGCGUUGCAGACAUGCCAAACAUAUUAUGACAAACCGCAAUCUGUCAAUAUAAUGAAGAUAAACGCAAACAAGGACCAUCGCAGAUUUCAAAUGCAUUAUUGCAGUUAGUA